AUGGUGCCAGAGAACAUGAAGAAGCAACUUGCUUUGGCUGUGAGAAGCAUCCAAUGGAGCUAUGCAAUCCUCUGGACUGAUUCAGCCACCCAACCCGGGGUGUUGAGAUGGGGAGAAGGGUAUUACAAUGGAGACAUUAAGACAAGGAAAACAAGUCAAGGGGUGGAACUUAAUUCUGACCAAAUAGGCUUGCAGAGGAGUGAGCAGCUGCGAGAGCUAUUCAAAUCUCUCAAAACUGCAGAAAUCAGCCCACAAAGCAAAAGGCCGUCGGCAGCACUAUCCCCAGAAGAUCUCACAGAUGCUGAGUGGUAUUACUUGGUUUGCAUGUCCUUCAUAUUCAACAUUGGCCAGGGGUUGCCAGGAAGAACUCUGGCAAAGGGUCAACCCAUUUGGUUGAACAAUGCCCAUUCCGCUGAUUGUAAAGUUUUUAGUCGUUCUCUACUGGCUAAGAGUGCAUCCAUUGAGACGGUUGUGUGUUUUCCGGUUAUGGAAGGAGUUAUUGAGCUUGGUACUACUGAACAAGUCUCAGAAGAUUUCAGUCUCAUUGAGCGAAUAAAAACUUCUUUCUUGAAUAGUCUGCAUGUCAAUGUUCCUAAUAAGUCUGGAGUAUUGAAAUCAAGGGACCAGGAAGAUCUUGCUUAUGUAGCAUUUGAUCAUAAUGCUAAUAAUGUUGAAUCAAUUCCAGAAAUUGGUUAUGACAUAGCCAACGCAACCUCUCCUGAUGGUAGUUCAAAUGCAUUCCAAGCCAAUCAACCACUGGAUGAAACAUUCAUGGUUGAAAGGAUAACCAGUGGAACUUCGCAAGUCCAGAGCUGGCAAGUUAUGGAUGAUGAGUUGAGUAACUGUGUCCAUAACUCCAUGAAUUCCAGCGAUUGUAUAUCACAAACUUUUGCCAGCCCUGAGAAUAUUGCUUCUUCACCCAAGUGUAACAACCCUUCUGACCCUCGUGCCCGAGAUCUUCAAAAGUGCAACAACCCAAAAAUGACCCUAGUGGAUCCUCGAAGCGAUGAUUGGCAUUAUCAGAGAGUUCUGUCUGACCUUUUAAAAAACUCUGACCAGUUACUCAUAAGAAUGCAUUCACAAAAAUUUCAUCAGGAAUCGAGCUUUGUUAGUUGGAGGAAAGGAGGGACAAUGGAUUGCCAAUGGCCAAGAUCAGGAACUUCACAAAAGUUAUUGAAGAAGGUAUUGUUUGAAGUUCCUCAAAUGCACUUGGAUGGGCUGCAUGAGUCUCAAGAAGAAAAUGACUAUAAAGAGGGAAUGAGACUAGAGGCUGAUGAAAUUGGCAUGAACCAUGUUAUGUCAGAAAGAAGGAGAAGAGCAAAACUAAAUGAAAGGUUUUUAACUCUUAGGUCAAUGGUCCCUUCAAUCACUAAGGAUGACAAAGUUUCAAUACUUGACGAUGCAAUUGAAUACCUUAGAAAGCUUGAGAGAAGGAUAAAAGAGUUGGAAGCUCAAAAAGGGAUGACAAAUAUAGAGCCUGGGACUAGAAGAUCACCUCAAGAUAUGGUAGAAAGGACUUCUGAUCAUUAUUUUAGCAAAAGCAAUAAUGGCAAGAAACCAGUGGUAAAAAAGAGAAAGGUUUGUGGUGUAGAUGAGACAGGACGAGAGAUCAAUUCAGAUGCUUUAAAAGGCAGUUAUGCUAAUGAUGUUACUGUGAGUGCCGGUGACAAUGAACUUGUGAUCGAAAUGAAGUGCCCUUCAAGAUCAGGAAGGCUACUGGAAAUUAUGGAAGCAGUUAAUAGUUUCAACAUAGAUUUUAAUUCAGUUCAGUCAACAGAAUCUGAUGGGAAUCUUCAUCUGACCAUUAAAUCUGUGUUCACAGGAGCAACCAUUGCAACAACCAAAAGAAUCAAACAAGCACUCCAAAAAGUGGCAUCCAAGUUCUGA